AUGGCUGACGAGGCCGCUGCCGCUGCCGCCAAAGAGGCCGCCAUCAAAGCGCGCGUCGUCACGCACAUGAACAAGGACCACGGCGGCGAGCUGGAACUCUACCUGCGCGCCUUCAAUGGCCUUUCGUCGUCGGCAGCCGCCGGCGCCCAGAUCACCGACAUGUCGCUCGAGGGCAUGACGGUCAAGUCGGCGUCGGGGACCCACACCGUGGCCAUUGAGCCACCGCUGGCCAACUGGUCCGCCUCCCGCGUCCGCCUCGUCGAAAUGGCUGGCACGGCCCUGAACAAGCUCAACCUGAGCGACAUUCGCGUCAGCUCGUACACGCCACCACAAGGCUUUGACUGGGUCGUCUUCUUUGGCGUUGUGCUCUACUUUAUCUGCGCCGCGGCCCUUCCCCUCGUGCAGCCCGACACCCCCGCCUGGGACGCGUUGGACGCCUUCUUCCCCUACGGCCCCGUCGGCUUCCGCUGGCUGGUCAAGGCUAUUUUCGUCCCCGUCUUUGUCCUGCACGUUACCGAGUGUUGGUGGAUGGCGACUACGCGGCUCGAGAAGCACCGCGUCGCGCCCGGCAAGGUCUGGUGGCUCUGGGCCGCCUCGCCCUUUUUUGACGGCGUCAUGUCUUUCCGCCGCUUUGAUGCCCUUGUUGAUGCCGAGGGGAAGAAGAAGGAGGCUGCCAAGCACUGA